GCAGGAUUCCUAGCUUUAUGGCUUCUUUGCUUUCCUUGCCUGUUCACUUCAGAUCCUACAGGCACUACAUUUCUCGUUGUUGAUGCAUGUUCGAAGUGGCCUGAAGUGUUCAGUAUGACCUCCACAACUGCUUCUCAAAUGGUGACAGUACUGAGAGAACUCUUUGCAAGGACUGGUGUACCUGAACAGCUAGUGAGCGACAACGGGCCCCAGUUUGUAUCUGCAGAGUUUCAAAUCUUCCUCAAGAACAACGGGAUCAAGCAUUUGACCUCAGCGCCAUACCACCCUGCUACAAAUGGCUUAGCUGAGAGAUUUGUGCAAAGCUUAAAGAAUGCUCUGCGCGCCAUGACAAAUGAAAAAAUGACACUAAAUCAAAAAUUGCAAAAUUUCCUGUUUGCGUAUCGAAACGCAGCCCAUGCUACCACGAAUCGAACCCCUGCCAUGUUGUUCCUGGGAAGACCCUUACGCUCUAGGCUGGAUUUGUUGAAACCAAAUCUGAAAAGAACCAUACAGGACAAACAAUUGAAACAAUCGCAAGGAGGAGGAAAAACACGCGAGUUGGAAGUGGGGGAUAAUGUGCUUGCUAGGGAUUACAGAGGAGAUCACAAGUGGAUGCCUGCAAGAGUCAAAGAAAGAACAGGUCCGCUCUCGUAUACAGUGGAGGUUGCUCCCGACAUCCUCUGGAGAUGGCAUAUUGAUCAGCUGAGAAGCUCAAAUGUUCCUCUGGAAAGUGUUCCAGUGAAUGUUCCAUCUACACCUACUGUCCCUGCUACCACUGAAAGUGAAACGGCCCUACCAUCAGAUGGCACAGUAACUCCCUGUAAAGCGCCACAGUCACCUGUUCCUAUCUGCGAAGAGAGACGUUACUCUACCCGUGUACGGAAACCUCCAAACCGUCUGAAUUUAUAA